AUGUGGGAGGUAUCGUUCUUCCUUCUCUUCUGCUCUUUACGUUCCUUCUUCUCUACUAGUGCUUCUGCAGAUGUGAGCCUUCAAGAUGGUCGAAAAGGGAAGACUUUUACAGUCUCUUACCUCGUUGAUUCACUGGGUUUAAGUAGAAAACUCGCAGAAUCAAUCUCGAGGAAAGUCAGCUUUGAGGAAAAGAGCAAUCCAGAUUCCGUUCUGAAUCUUCUUAUAAGUCAUGGCUUCACAGAUUCUCAGGGUAAUCUAGAGAACAAAAUCAGGAAACACAUCUUGUAUUCUCUGCUUAUCUUCACCUCCUUUCGUGAAGCUUGUGCAAAAUGUAUUCUCCAAUUCCUUCUCCUCUGCUUCUACUGCUGCUGCAAUGUGAGCCAUAAAGAUGGUCGAAAAGGGAAGACUUUUACAGUCUCUUACCUGGUUGAUUCACUGGGUCUCACUACAAAACUCGCAGAAUCAAUCUCGAGGAAAGUCAGCUUUGAGGAAAAGGGCAAUCCUGAUUCCGUUAUGGGUCUUUUUAGAAGUCAUGGGUUCACAGAUUCACAGAUCUCCGACAUCGUUACGACUUCUCUCAAGAAAGUGGUUGACAAGGGCUUUGAUCCAACGAGCUCAAAGUUUGUGCAAGCUCUCAGCGUUUUUUACCAAAGGAGUGACAAAACGAUUGAAGAAAAAGUCGAUGUCUAUAAAAGGCUAGGCUUGGCUGUGGGAGAUGUAUGGGAGAUGUUCAAGAAGUAUCCUUUCACUCUGAAAUUCUCUGAGAAGAAGAUAACUCAGACGUUUGAAACCCUGAAAAAGUGCGGACUACUCAAAGACGAAAUCCUCUCGAUGUUCAAGAAGUUUCCACGAUUCAUUGGUUCUUCAGAGCAGAGGAUAGAGAGCUCUCUUGAAACAUUUAUGUCUCUAGGAUUCAGCAGAGACGAGUUUGCGAUGAUGUUAAAGCGCAAUCCUCAGUACAUUGGAUACUCUGCAGAGUCGGUGAAGAACAAGACUGAGUUUCUGGUGAAGAAGAUGAAUUGGCCGAUAAAGGCACUGGGUUCGAACCCUGCAGUUUAUAACUACAGCCUGGAGAAGAGGAUUGUACCAAGGUGUAAUGUAAUCAAAGCUCUCAUGUCCAGAGGAUUGCUCGGAAACGGAAGUGAACUUCCUCCAUUGUAUGUUGUGUUGCCGAUUACAGAUGAAGCUUUCUUAGUCAAGUAUGUGAGGAACCAUGAUGACAAGCAGCUUGUCCUUGAAUUGAUGUCUAUUUUCACCAAUGGAACUUCUGUAGAUGAUUAA